AUGUUAAACCAAACAUCUACGGAAGCAUUGCUUUCGGCGACUUACGUUGAAAAUUACUUGGACUGCGUUGAAAAUCUUCCUAAUGACUUGCAACGACAUUUAUCGCGUAUGCGAGAAUUAGAUGUGACUUACAGGGAAUGCCUUAGAGAUGCUGAAUCUUAUCUUUCAAUAUGUAUCGGACCUAAUACCGAUGAGAGACGCCGUGGGAGAGCAGCGAGACGCCUCCAGGCAGCUCUGGUGGCUGCACAAGAAAUCGGAGAUGAAAAGCUUCAGGUUGUGCAAUUACUUCAGGAUUUAAUUGACAAUAAACAAAGGUCCCUUGAUGCUGAUCACAAGAAACUAAUUUCCUGUCUAGAAGUUAACACAAAUGGUACAAGUAAAGAAGAACCUACCCCAGCUUCAGAGUCUCGAUCAAAUGAGAAAGAUUCAAACACACAACAAGUUCAACAACGGCAUUCAACACCGCCUGCACCACCAGAAAGAACUAGUGAGAAAGAAAAAGAAAAAUCAGAGAAAGAUAAAUCAGGAGGUGAACGUUGGUCAAAACGUGCAAGACGUGUUCGAACUACAGCUGGUGUGGCGACUGAUGGCGCUGACUCCAGUGAACGUGAUAGUGAACGCCACACCCAUAAUACAACACACAAGAAAGGUAUAGGCAAGAAGAAAAAGCGUAAAUCUCGACAAGUGGCUCAACGAUCGGAAACACCACCAGAAGAAACAGAUGCUAUUGAUCCCGAUGAACCAAGAUAUUGUCUGUGCGAUCAAAUCUCAUUCGGUGAGAUGAUUUUAUGUGACAACGACCUCUGUCCGAUAGAAUGGUUCCACUUUUCAUGUGUAUCACUCACAACAAAACCAAAAGGUAAAUGGUUUUGCCCCAAAUGCCGUGGUGACCGACCCAAUAUAAUGAAACCCAAGGGACAAUUCCUUAAGGAAUUAGAGCGGUAUAACAGAGAAAAAGAGGAAAAAGCAUAG